GAAAGAACAGACCACAUGAGUUUCGCGUGUAUAACAUGUAUAAGCGACGAAUUUGUUGUUAGACGAGUUAACCUAUCGUAGAAAAACAUCUUGCUUUUUUUUUAAAUUUAUCAAUAUUGAUUUAUUGAUUGCUGCAUAAUAAAGAAUAUAAAAAUUAUUUAUUCACUGUAUUAUUAUCUAAAGUAAUGCGCGGAUUUAUUUAAUUAAUUAAAACGUUUUUAUACAAAUCGGUUACACGCUGUCAAUACGUCGGUUUCCAAGGAGCGUACAAGUCUUUUCCGAUCAACUUAUCUAUUUUUAUUACGAUGGACGGCGUUGAAUUAUUCAAUGCAUUUCUCAUGACACAUAAAUCGCAGCUUGAAUCCUACGGCGUCCCGCAAUUAUUCUGGCAAACUUUAUAUAAGAAAUUGAAAGAUCAGAUUUACGAUGCCGGCCUUGCUUUCCAGCUAGCGAGAGUAGACUAUGAAGAUGGAGAAAGGAACAUUACAGACCCAAUAUGGAAGCUAAUUGUAUCUACAGAGAAUGGUAUAUCAGCGCAAGAUCCUAAUAACAUUUAUCUUGUUGAUCACGCAUGGACAUACGACGCUGGUAACGCUCAACAGAAUUUAACUCAGGUACCUGGCCUGCUUGACCGAAUGUGUCUUCUCAUGGGGCUGGACACUGAGCUGGAUGAGCGGGAGAAGAUCGAGAAAGUUACAAAUGAGAUGUGGCGUUACAAUCAGUCAUACUCUGUCAACUAUGGACAGAUCGAAGACAGAAUGCCGGUGUGGUACAUCAUGGACGAGGUCGGUUCAGCGAUAAAUCACAGCGACGAGCCGAAUUUUAGAGCCGUCCCUUUUCUGCAUAUGCCUGAAGCUGUAAUUUACACGCUUUUGUUUCCUAUAAGAGAUAUCAUUAUGGGGGACGAGGUAACGAGAGACUUCGUUGAGGGUCAGACGAAGGAUCCCAAAAAGAGACGCGCGUUAUUAUUGCCCUGGGUCCAUAGCACCUUUGAAGACGAAAGUUUCAAGCAGAGCGAGCCGAACGCGGAUUACUUUUUAGCGGGUCACAUUCCUGAGAACUUGCCAGAGAAUCUGGACGCAGUCAGGGUGGACAGUGGCAAAAAAUUGAAGGUAUUUUCGCAAUACAGUUACGUGAACGAUUACCUGACAGAUUCGGCGUUUGAGAUCACGGAGAACGAGGACGAGGCGGACGUGCUGUGGCUCGUGUCUCACUACAAGACGUAUAAGGAACUGAAUGCUUCUUCGCCCCACGUUUUCGUGAAUCAAUUUCCAUACGAGAGCGUACUGACGACGAAGGACCUCCUAUCGAUCGUAUGCAGAAGAAAAGCGGCAGGCAAAUUGUACGACUUGGACACCCUUGAAACUUAUCCAGCGUGGUUACCGACGACGUAUAAUCUUAGCACGGAAUUGGUACAAUUCGUCGCGUAUUUCACACGGCGAGCGGACAAGGACUUGGACAAUCACUGGAUCUGUAAGCCGUGGAAUCUAGCGAGAGGCCUGGACACUCACAUCACGAACAAUCUCUAUCAUAUUUUGCGGUUACCCUCCACGGGCCCGAAGAUCGCGCAGAAAUACGUCGCGAGGCCGAUUUUAUACAACAGGCCGGACAUCAGUCAAGUGAAAUUUGACGUGAGAUAUGUCGUACUGCUGAAAUCCGUGAAGCCGCUGCGCGCGUACGCUUACGCGAAUUUCUUCCUGCGCUUCGCGAAUCAGCCGUUCGCGCUCGACAACUUUGGGACGUAUGAGCAGCAUUUCACCGUGAUGAACUACACCGAGGAGAAUCCGCUGUUCCAUGAAAAGUGUGCCGAUUUCAUUGUAGAAUGGGAAAAACAGUAUCCCGAUUAUCCUUGGAGGACUUACGUCGAGCCGAAGAUUCUCUUUGUCCUACAACAGGCUCUGGAGGCCGCGGCCUCGCAACCACCGCCGAAAGGAAUAGCCGAGAGUCCGCAGAGCAGAGCUGUGUACGCUGCCGACCUGAUGCUGGAAUGGAAGGGUAGUGAGAUACAACCCAUGCUACUGGAAAUCAAUUUUACUCCCGACUGCCAGCGGGCGUGCGAAUACUAUCCGGACUUUUACAAUGACAUUUUUAAAUGCCUAUUUCUAGAUAUCGACAAUCCAGCUGUAUUCCAUGCAUUAGAUUCAGCCGAAGAAUAACAUCAUGAUUUAUAAAGUUUUAUAUAAGAGAAGAUUAGAUUUUUUGAUGCUGGCUUUGCCUUCCAAUUGGCAAGUAAAAUAGAAUGUGAAAAGAAUUAAAGUUAGAACCAAUAUGAAAGCUAAUUGUCUGACAGAAAAAAAUUUUAUAAUUUAAGGAUUUCCUAUAAAAAACAAAGCCAAAUUAAAUUUCUAGUUAAACUUGUAUAUUUUUUGUUCGAUUCUUGCUGGAAUACAGUUGUUUACAAUGUGAUGCUAUUGAUAGAGAAUAAUUUGACAUCAUAACUUAGAUUUUCUAAAGAAUUAAUUUGAUCUUUGUAAGAAAUCCUACAAUUUAAAGUUAUAAUUUUAUUGUUAUUAUAUAUGUAUAUAUUGUUCAAAGUUUUGCUAAAGCCAAAAUAUAUUUUAAACAUUUCUUAAUCAAAUGUUGUAUUGUUAGGUUUUUAGUUGGUGGCUAUCAUAAUAAAAUUAUUUGGAACACU